UCCUCUCCCUCAUAGGCUGGGGAUCUCGGUGUAAAGCCACGUUAAUGGCACACAGGCUAAUUGCGAAGGACCUCUUGGUGUGACGUGCAAACACACAGCUAAGAGAACCUGUUUCCUGUCCCCCUGCCUGGAAUCCCUCCUUAACGUAUUGGAAGCUGCUAAGGAGGUGACAUUGUUGGGAGAUAUAGCUCAGAGUGAGGAAGACACGCGUUCGUUCAUUGGUAAACAAACUGGAGGAAAAGGGGGUCUCUCUCCUUUGUUCAACGUGAAGGUCUUGGGUUCUCUACCCUUCAGAAACUGAUAGAUGUCGCUGUUGCUCCACGCUGGUUUUCUCCUCUCUCAACAACUUGACCCCGGUGACGUCACCGGCGUCUGAAUCAUCAAGGCCAUUUUCAAUCCUCAUUGGCCUGACAGUCACGUGGUUGGGACCAAUGCGUGGAUAAUUAUGGUGCUGAUAUUUUUCCCUAAAAAAAAGAUGUCAGCCCCUGGCUGUAGUAUUCCUCUUUAAAAUCCCUCUCUGAAAAUGUCAUGUCCCAACAAUGUGACUUCUAACUCGUUUUUGAUGGACUCGUUAGCCGGUACCUGCAGAGGGGAGAAUUAUUCCUCUAACCAAGGAAUGUAUAUGCAAUCUGGGAACGACUUCAACUGUGGAAUGAUGAGGAACUGUGGAAUUAUCCCGUCUCUUUCCAAAAGAGACGAGGUGAAUAACGCCAGCCUGUCUCUCAACACCUAUCCAUCUUACCUUUCUCAGCUAGACACCUGGUGUGACCCCAAAAAUACUUACCGAAUCGAACAACCUGUUGCGAGACAACUCCCCUCCUGCUCUUUCCCAACCAAUGUCAAGGAAGAAAAUGCUUGCUGUAUGUACAAUGCUGACAAAAGAGCCAAAAACGCCGCUGAGGCGACCCUCUACCCCAAUCAGAUGCCUGAACCUUGCCUAAAUGACCAUGAAGUCCCCGUGCCCAGCUACUACCGAGCCAGCCAAGGUUAUCCCUCCAUGGAAAAGGCGUCAAACUGCAGCAACCCAAGCGAGUUUGAGGCAAGUUUUGAACCCAGGGCGAGCCUCAGCCAAAGGAGUGAGCAUCUUGAACAACCACCACAACCACCACCACAACCACCUCCACCUCCACCCCCUCCACCACCACAGCAACCACAGCAGCAGCAGCAGCAGCAACCACCACCGCCACCACUGUCCCAACCAGGAGCUAAAGUCAGCUUCCCUGACAACACAAAGUCUGAUAACCCUCAGAACACGUCCGCCAACGAAAUUAAAACGGAAAAAAGUCUCCCCGCUGCCAAAAUCAGUUCGUCGGAAACUGAGAAGGACAUGAAUAAAUGCACAGACACCAGCACUGACAAUUCUGACAACGAAGCAAAAGAGGAUAUAAAGGCAGAAAACACUACAGGAAAUUGGCUGACAGCAAAGAGCGGAAGAAAGAAAAGAUGUCCUUACACUAAACACCAGACGUUGGAACUGGAGAAAGAAUUCUUAUUCAAUAUGUACUUGACCCGUGAGCGCCGCCUGGAGAUUAGCAAGAGUAUUAAUCUAACAGACAGACAAGUCAAAAUCUGGUUUCAGAACCGCAGGAUGAAACUCAAGAAAAUGAACAGAGAGAAUCGAAUUCGCGAACUGACUUCCAAUUUUAAUUUCACUUGAAAGUGUUCAAUAAAGGGAAAGGACAGGGGUGGGAAUCGUUACAAAUCUUGUGCAGUAUUCUUUUUUAAUUUUUUCCCUGGGUAUAAAUGCAAUGCGUAUGGGAGGAGGGGGAGAAAGAGAGAGAGAGAGAGAUAGAAAAUAAUAAUGAUAAUGAUAAUAAUAAUAAUAAUCAAGACCUCAGGCUAGUGUGCAGUUCUAUGAUUUGGGUAUUUACAGUCUGUAGAGCGAAGGCGCAUCCAUCGGUAUAAGCAUGAGAAUAUAUAUAUAUUGCAUCAAUGUUUCUAUGUAAAAUAAAGAGUAAGGCGGUUGCUUUAAAAAAAACAGCUUCUAAGAUGUUUAAGUUAUUCACGAGCAGCACAAAGGGAAGGAAAAGGGGAAACACUGAAGGACCUAUUUCUAUUGCCUUUUUAUGUUUAGGGGACUAGGUGCGUCUGAAAGUUUGCUUUUCAUAUCCUAGGUGUAGCCUGCCUAUUGUAUAAUAAAGAUAAUGGCUAAAAUGAAUUGCAUUAUGUGUCUGUACAUGGAAGUGGCAGUGAGAACAUGCUCACAUUGUGUAGUAAUGCAGUCUCCUUCCUAUGAGGUGGUACUAUCGACCAUUAUAUUUAAGAAAAGAAAAUAAUAAAGCAGUAUUGAUAUCUUAUAAUGGGGGGACGUCUGGGGUUUUUUUCCUUUUGUGACUGUUAUUUAAAUAUAUUCUGUAUGUGGUAUCCUUUGCAUGUAUCUUCCUUUAUGGAGCCAAAUAAAUUUCUUAGAACCGUG